GGAGAUAUAUUCAACUAUUGAAUGGUAGGUGAUAUCAAUAUUUGAUAGAAAAGAUUGGUAAGUAUAUGUACUUGUCGGAGUCCCCAAUUCUUUUAUUUUGUAGGAUCGUCAUUUUUGAGCUUGUUCUUGUUUUCGUUGUUCAGCUUUCUGUGCUUAUCGUGGGGUAUUCCUACCUUGUAUUUCUCAUCUCAUCUUAUAUUCACUUCUUGUCUCUAUCUCACAUUAACGCAUUCCUUUCUCUCCACUCUACAAUCCUUUACAACCGCAAAAAUGGCAGGCCCAUCCCCAUCCCCAGAACCAAAACAACCGCUCACUGUCAUCACCUCCUCCUUUCAAGAAUUCACACCGGAAUCCUCCCGCUCGCCCCCUCGUCCAACUAUUGCUCAGCAUGCCAACACAGCCUUGGUAGCCAUCAGCGCAGUUCUCGGUCUCGCUAUCAUGGCUACUUCAGCGGAUGUACUCCAUGUCUUCCAUUCCACUCAUCUAGGGGCCGACUUCCAGCUGCCGGUCUGGCCUAGGAUGCUUGAUAUAAAAUCUACGAUUACCGGGGUUGUUUGUGGAGUUAUCGUCUUCGUCAUGAAUUGUGUGGCACUUGUGGGCCAAUUUGUUCCUGCUGUAUGUUCCUACCGAAGUGUUCCGGCUUCUGGUUCAAAAGCUAAUCGUACAUUUAACAGUUGAAGCGAAACCCUCUAUCUCUCCCCACUCUCAUUCCACUAGCCAUCGCCCUCACCGCUGCAGCUGUCGGUGCAGCAAUACCUUUUAAUGCGCUGACUUCCUCAACGAGCUGGUCUGUUCAAUCGUGGAGUUGUCAAUGGUCAAACAUUAGUACAUCAACAGCUCCACACUGGGGGACAUUAUGUUCAGAAAGUAGAGCUGCGGGAAUUAUGAGUGUGUGCGUGAUUCCAUUUGAUGCGUUGGUAAUAGCUUCGAUACUAGUUUCGAUGAUGAAAGGGAAGAGCAAUGCAGCUCAGCCUGAUGGACAGUGGGAAAGAAAAGGUAGUGCGGGAGACAUGUCGUAAGGGGAGUGGAACGAGGGAGAGGUGGAUGGAUGAUGCGGAAGGCUGGUUGGAAAUUUGAGCGAGGACAUAGGCGUAUUGUUAGUGUUGAAUGAAUGAUGGAACGGAUCUUUUUUUCCGGGCACGGCUUUAUGGAUGGCUUUAUUGGAAUGACUUAAUUUAUUGAAAUGGCAUCAAUACACUAUCUCUGGAUAGAAAUAUAGGAUUACGAGUCAGCUUGCAGGUAAAAAUGGGCUUGGUAAUGAUAUAUUGGGUUUGAUUUUGUUUAAUCAUUUCUACCUUGAUGGAGUUUUGGUGAUCAUUAAAGCUUGUUAGGUAGGUGCGAGUGAGUGAUGGAAAGUUUGAGCUCAAUUGGAUAAGGCUCCUCUAGUUUAGUACUCUAUGAGUAUACGUACUAUUACAAUCUCAUCAUCAAUUUUUUCA